AUGCUAGCGGCAGCUAACCUUAGGUUGCACAAAAUCGCAUCCAACAGCGAAGAAGUGUUAGCGGCCUUCGACCCUGACAAUCAUGCAAAAGGCCUAAAAGACCUCGAUUUUGGCACAGACGAUCCUCAUUUACAACGUAGUCUCGGCUUGUGUUGGGAUUUGAAGAAGGAUGCCUUCACCUUUAGAACUCCGACGAAAGACAAUGCCUUCACGAGAAGAGGUGUCCUUUCUACAGUAAACAGUCUGUUUGACCCCUUGGGCUUUGCUGCACCUAUAACAGUCCAAGACAACCAGACGUUGGAAGAACCAGAGAACUAUGAACUGCUAGAACCAGACCAAGACGACGACACUAUUACAGAAGUAUUUUCUGGCCAGCUGGAUCUAACUGACCAGCCAUUAGAGGAAGUGGACAGGGACCUGUAUACAGACGGUAGCAGUUUUAUGAGACAGGGAGAAAGGCUAGCUGGCUAUGCCAUGGUCACAUUGGAUCAGGUAGUGGAAGCAGCAGCUCUCCCUGCAGAAAUAAUAAUGACUAAUAAGAAUAAUCAAAUUGAGAUUUCAACCCUUGGUAAAUUAGCUGCUCAUGUCCCUGAUAUCAUUGUAUAUGGAGAUUUUGCUCAGGAAAUGCCUUUCAUUGAAAGCUUUGAUGGUGUUCUGCUCUUUAUGGAUAUUUCAGGUUUCACAGCUCUGACAGAAAAGUUUAGCAUGAACACCAGCUUGGAUCGUGGUGCUGAUGAAUUAACACAGACCCUUAAUCACUACGUGGGUGACAUUGUUGAAGAAGUACUGGUGUUUGGAGGUGAUGUCUUGAAAUUUGCAGGUGAUGCUCUGUUGGCGCUCUGGAAGGUAGAGCGUUGCCAUUUAAAUGAGAUUAUUACUCUAGCACUGAAGUGUAGUUUCAGCAUCCAACAAGAAUAUGGUGUUCGUGAUACUGAAGUGGGACUUGAGCUACGAGUGAAGAUAGGACUCUCUGCAGGUCACAUCUCAAAAGUUGUCAUUGGUGAUAACAGACGACAACAUUUUGUGGUAACUGGUCGAGCAGUGGAAGAAGUCCGGUUGGCCCAAAACUUAGCCAAAGCAAGUGAAAUUAUCCUGUCCCCCAACUGCUGGGAGCUCUGUGACCGGAACUUAAUUGAGGUAGAAAAAAUUAAAAAUGAACGAGCUGUCAAGGUUAAAUACAUCCGAAAUGUCCCUGACUUUAAUACUGAUGAAUUCUUUGACAGAUGUGCAGAAUACCUAAAUCAGAAUCACAUUUGUGACAGUUUUGAGAUUUUGAGAAUAGCCUCUGUGUUGGGUCAAGAUGAAGAACUUGAAAAACGCUUGCGAAAAUAUGUGAUGAAGAAUGUCCUGAAGAAGAUAGAUGAUAACCAGCCACUAGAGUAUUUGUCAGAGCUACGUCCUGUUACCAUUGUUUUUGUGAAUAUGCAGUUUGAAGAAAAUGCCAAUACGAACCAUGUGUGUAAGGCUAUCCAAGAUGCCAAUGCUAUGAUCGCUGGAACAAUAUUACCCCUUAGUGGUAACAUUAAUAAAGUCUUCAUGUUUGACAAAGGCUGCACUUUUCUUUGCAUCUUUGGUCUUCCUGGAGAUAAACAAGCUGAUGAAAGCACAAAUGCUCUUGAUAGUGCCCAUAAAAUUCAUGCUUUCUGUUCCACAGCACUUAUGAAAGUAAAGAUUGUUUCUAUUGGGGUCACUGCUGGGCCAGUUUUUUGUGGAGUCGUUGGUCAUCGUGUGAGGCAUGAAUAUACAGUGAUUGGACGGAAAGUUAACCUUGCUGCAAGGAUGAUGAUGUUUUAUCCAGGAUUAGUAAGCUGUGAUGCCCUCACUUAUUCCAAAUCUAAACUGCCCCACUACUUCUUUGAAGAGCUCCCAUUAGUUGAGAUGAAAGGUGUUGUGAACCCUGGGACAGUCUAUCAAUUUCUUGGUAUUACAGAGAAAGCAAUGAUUUACAAAGCAUAUUUAACCAAGGAGAGAUCUGAACUUUAUCCUUUACUAGGUCGCAAGAAGGAAACUGACAUCUUUCAAAACUUACUGGAAAAUUUUAAAGAAUCUAAAUUGAGCCAUGUUAUAAUAUAUGAAGGUCUCAUGGGAUAUGGAAAAAGCCAACUAAUAACUGAAAUUGUCUAUUUAGGACAGGCUCCUGGACAAAAGGUUGUGGCAAUGGAGCUGACAAAGAUAAAUGCAUGGCACAACUUUUUUGCUGUCCGGACACUGAUGGCAAUGUUCCUGGGGGUGGAUGUCUGUAAAACCUAUGAUGCAAGGCAGUACAUCCUUCUGAGCAAGCUGCGUGGAGUUAUAGAAGAACAAUAUCUAUGCCUUUUCAACAACCUUUUUCAUGUUAAGUUUCCUACAUCAGAAGUGGUUUCUCAAAUGGACAAUGACAGAAAGAAUAAGGAGAUUGAAACGAUGCUUUUAAAAAUUCUGAUUAAUGCAGCAGAAAAGGAAGUCCUCAUUUUUGCAAUUGAUGAAGCUCAGUUUAUUGAUAAAGCCUCUUGGGAUUUCCUGGAUAACUUACUUAAGAGUGUUCCGAUCUUUGUUGUUAUGGCUUUGUCUCCUAUCAAUCACACGGGACGAAUACUUUGUUCCAGUGCAGCCCAAAUCCUGAAUAACCCAAGCACAACUUUUAUUCAGCUAAGGGAAUUAAGUCCUUCAGUAAUUAUUCAGAAAGCCUGCCAAGACCUUGGAGUGGUCAGUAUUGCUAGGGAGCUUGAAACAUUUUUAAUACAAAGGAGUCAUGGAAACCCAUUUUACUGUGAAGAACUUCUCCGAAACCUCCACUUAAACAAUGUGCUUCAGUUCCAUGUCCUGGAGGAGGAUGAAGAGAAAGAGGAUGAAUGGGAUAGCCUUUUUACCACUACUGUUCUCAAGACUCAUGCAUCCAAAAUGUUAGAUGAAGAGACUGAAUUAUAUAUUUGCACAGUCAGGCAAAAUGUGAAGCUUACCACCAUCAGUCUCCCUCCAACAUUAAAAGGCAUUGCUCUGGCUGCACUGGACAAUAUGAAUCCUUCAGAGCAAAUGGUGGUGAAAUGUGCAGCUGUCAUUGGUGUGACAUUCACUACAGAGAUGCUGCUUUAUAUCCUCCCGGAAUGGACAAAAAGGAAGAUGUACCAGACUCUUGCAGCACUGGUGGAAUCUCGUAUCUUUAAGUGUUGUAGUGAAAGAAAAGAAGUGAAUGUAACCCAGCACAUGUUAUCCAAAGAGUUUAGCAUCAGCAAUAAUGAAUUGAAAUCACUUAGACAAGAAUCAGAUCUUGGAUCAGUUAUUUCCAAUAGGCUCAAGCUAGAAGAAGCUGUGAUGCAUUGCAAAAUCAUGGAGUUUUGCACACCACUGUUGCAAGAAGCAGCCUAUGAAUUGUGGCUUAAAAAUCAGAAAAAAGCCUUGCAUUUCAAAUGUGCCAGUUACCUGAAGUGGUUAGCUCACCGAUGCAAGUGUUGUGGGGAAGGUGAUUUCAUUUCUUAUCACCGGUAUGCAGUAGAUGGCAUGCUUCAAAAAUUCUAUUCACAGGAAUAUAAAAUUAGGAAUAUCAAAGAGGAUGUAUUGAAUGAGGCUGCUAUGAUCCUUGUUUCUGAAACCCUAAAAAAAUUGGAAGCAUCCCACCAGGAAGGUAGGUAUUAAUUUGAUGAAUGGAAGGAUACUAGAAUUAAAACACGUCAGCUUACUACAGAUACCCUGCGGUCAACCUUCAUCUUGCAAGAAUCUUUUAGGGCUGAAAAUUCAGAACUGGAAUUUCUAAAAAGAAUGGAUGAAAUAAUCUUGCUUACUGGCAUGAGCAAGAAAAGGAUGGAGACCCUUGUCUCCCAGGACUGUGAAUGCAAAGAGAUUGUGGAGUCUGUCACUGUGCCUUUAUCUCAGCACUACUUGGCUCUAGGGGAUUAUGGUCGGGCUUUUUAUUACCUGUUGGAAUCUGCAUCUGCUUAUGUCAACCUCUCCCACAACUACAUGGCAUUUACAUAUCUGAAUACAGCAGAGAGCCUCUUGAGAUCUUCAGAAUACAAGCAUAAACUCAUUAACCAAUUUGAGGUGUCCAUUUUGUACAGCCUGAAGGGAGAGGUCUGUUACAAUAUGGGUCAAAUUACUUCUGCAAAAAAACUGAUAAAGAAGGCUUUGAGUUUACUGAAGAAAAGAUUCCCAAUAACUGUUGUAGGAGCCUUUUGCAUGUUUAUGGUGGAAACCUCCAAACAUUUGUCUCAUCAGAAGAAACAAAGUUUAUGGCAAAUAUCCAGUGGCAGGGAGAAGAGACUAGCAGUUCUGUUCCAGCAAGGUCAUUGCCUUUCCCUGCUGUGGCAGUUCUUCAAUCUGGAUGUUGCCAGAAGUAGGAAGACAUUCACCCGUUUGGCAGCCCUCAUGCAGGUGAACUGUGCAGAGGAGUCUCAAGAUGAAUCUCAGAUAAUUUCGUCCUAUAUGGAUUUCUCCCUCUGCUAUCAAAUGAUGGGUUGCCAACAUGAAUGGAUGAAGUAUGAGUUAAUGGCCAUCAAACGUAGUUCUCAUCUUCAAGUAGUUGGAGGAGGGUUACUGACUAUUGCUAAACUAGCAUCAUCAUUGGCUUACAUGAAGCUUUGCUUGGGGAACAUGCCUUUAGCCAUCCAACUGGGUUAUCGAGCACACGAGUUAUAUGAGCAGCUGAAGCGGCCUAACCUUGAUGCUACUGUACUCCAUGACAUUUUCAAAGCUCUUUAUCUCAGCACCAGAUAUCAAGAUUCUGUGCAAGUGUUGAGUUGCCUAGAAGAUCUCACCUUUCGAGAUGACAAUAUCAUUGGACAGUCCCUCUUCAUUUCAGGCUGCCUGAACAUUAUACUUUAUGCUGGAUUUUGUUUUAAGCCAUUUAAGUACUGCCAGGAUUUUAUUCUCGCUAAUGAAACAAACUGCAUCCUUAUGUCUCAAAACAACAUCAUGUUGAGCUUGUAUUCUUCUCUGGCAAUUUGGUUUGCCAGACUUCAGCAAUGGGAUAAAUUCAUAAUACCAUUUGAAAAAGCAAGGCGGUUGGUGAGGAGAACAUGUGCUUCACUCUGUUCUAACCAUGGAUUCUGUAAACUGGUGGAGUGUGAGACUCUGUUGUUAAGAAAAUAUAUAGAAGAGAGGCCUGACAAAGUCCGUGAGAUGCACAACAGGAUAACAAAGAAUUUGGAUCAGGUAAUGAACGAGUGUUCUAUAAGCCCAGUCUACUAUUCCAGGAUUUACCACCUGAAGGCCUAUGUCCAGCUGAUGCUUGGAAAUGAUGAACUCAGCCAAAGCUAUCUUGAGAAGGGAUUCUACAGUAGUGAUAUCUAUGGAAAUCAUUUGGAGAAAUCCUGGCUAGAGAUUAGCAAGGAGUGGUGGUUCACUGGAAAAAAAACCAUGGAAGAUUUUUGGCUAAAGGCAGUUCCAGAUUUUCCUAUAUGGAAUGUAAACAUGACAGCCCAAGAGAUGGGAGCUUUCCAUAAAAACAUGUACCUGCUGAAGGUGCCAGAACUGGAUAUAAACAAUCCAUUCCCAGAAAGUAGCAUAGAAGAAUAA